AUGGAGGGGGUGGCGGAGGAGGAGGAGGCGGGGGACAAUGGGGGCGGCGGUGGCGGAGGAGGAUGGCAAGGAGGCGGCGGAGGUGGAGGAUGGCAAGGAGGUGGUGGAGGUGGCGGAUGGCAAGGAGGUGGCGGAGGAGGUUGGCAAGGAGGCGGUGGAGGUGGCGGCGGUGGUGGCGCCCCAGUAAUCAAAAUCAUCAAACUCAGCGGAGGAGGUGGAGGUGGCGGUGGACACGGAGGCGGUGGCGGCGGUGGAUGGCAAGGAGGUGGUGGCGGCGGUGGAUGGCAAGGAGGUGGCGGCGGCGGUGGAGGUGGUUGGUGGUAA